CUGUCUGGAAAUACUACAUUCACAGUCCUCCGUUGUAGUUACGGUACGUAGCGACCAAGUUGUUGGUGAAGCCACGGUAAUUCACAUGAAGUAAGACAGAUACUGUCUAACAUGCACUCUGAAUGCCAUGCACUGCCUUUUUUCAGGUUGCUCAACAGCUGUCUAAUAAUGAAACUAGUAUAAGGCUGUGCAAUGAUUUAACCAGAGUGACGAGCCAUGGCUUUGAGGGUUAACUAGUUAGCCUUUGAAUAGCCUGCCGUUUGUUAUAUAAACAGUGCAAGUAGUAUAUUGGAGCGACGCUGAAAACUGCCAUGAGCCAAAAGGCAACAUCAGAGUCAGGGGACAACUCGAAGCUGUCGGGACAGGGAAGUGAUACUGUGAACCUGCCCUCUCCCUCAGGCGAAGUAACGUUAGAGCUGAAAGUUGCCAUUCAGGGUCCUGGGACUGAGACAAACAACGUUAAACAGCUUCUAAACGAAUUCAAAGGACUUUACGAGCAGAGGCUGAGAUGCCUGGAGCUGGACGCCAGUGUAACACGAGAGGAACUGCUGCAGAAGAAAGUGAAUUUCCUGUGGUCAUAUGCGAAUGACCUCGCAGACCAGAACCAGGUGCUGGUUCAGACCAUUGAAGAUCUGCAGAAGGAAGCCGACCACAAGGUUUCCAGUUUGGGAAUGAAGCUAUGCAGUUCUGAUCAUACUUUGGAAGUGUGUGAGGUUGAUCUGAGGACUUUGUUGCUGGAUGAGCUUUCUGGAACUGCGGCUCACAUCCCACACAGUGCCACUUCCUUGGUCCAGAUAGCAUCAGAGUUAGAAGAUCUGAAAAUCCAGUUGCAAACCAAGGACAUGGUCAUCUCUGAUCUGGAGAGGGAGCUUGGAGAGAAUUUCCAGCAAAAGCAAAAGACUGCACUGCAGGCGCUGGGAAGCAGUGAGAGGCUGGCGCACCUGCAGAGUGAGCUCUCCUGUCUGCAGCGGAUCCAGAAAGACAACAUUAAGGAGAUUGCUGAGAAAGACAUCUGCAUCACAAAACUGCGAGCUAACGUUCAGCUGCUGCAACAAGAGGGUGCCGGCGCACAUGCUCAGCUCUCCAAGCUGAGCGUGAGGGCGAUGGAGCUUCAGGAGGAGCUGAAGAGAAAAGAGGAGGAAUGGAGGCAAAGAGAAGAGGAACGGAGGCUGAAAUAUGAAAAGGAUUGUCUAAAAGCAGAGGAGAGGAGAGGGCAGGAGAGACAAAAGAGAGAGGAGGAGUGGGUGAAGAAAGUGGAGGAUGCGAAGAGGGAGAUUAAGAAGGAGAGAAAGGCCCAUGCUCAAGCCAUUAAAAAGUGGGCUGAGAAGGCAGCUAUUUUGAAUUUUGAGGCCGAGGCCAAAAUGGUGUCUUUGAGGGGCGAGCUCAGCGCCUUAUUUGAUAGAAGGAUGGAGGAGACAGAGGCGAGGAUGAACCAACUAACUGAAGAGCUGAAUGCAGCGAGACAAAAGAUAAAAGCGAGCGAGGAGCAUGUGAGGCAUCUGGACCAGGAUGCGGUUAUUCUGCGAGCCACACAGGACUCUCUGAAGGGAACCUUGGCUAUAAAGGAGAAACACACACAACAGCUGGUCCAAGACAACACACAGCUCAAAGAACGCCUGGCUUUACUGCAGAGCAAAUUACAAACAAGUGAGUGCAUGUUGAGUGACACCAGUGAAAACCUGGAUCAGACCAGAACCAGCCUGAGCACAGAAAGACAGCAGAGGCAGCAGAUCCAGGACCAGUUGCACCAUGCCAACAAAGAGAUGGAGCGACUGCAGUUGGAGCUGACACAUGCGCGGUGCACCACUGAAAAGAAGAUUCAGAAGUGGGAGAUUAAGAUGUGUGCACUGGUGAAGGAGCUCACAGAGAGUAAGAAGCAGCUCUCUGAAUGUCAGAAAGAGUUGCUCCGAAGAGAGGAGGCUUUGGAGAAACAGUGUGAGGAGAGGGAUGUGCUGAGAGCCAAGAUGGAGGACCGGAGCAGAGAGUUUGUCCAUCUCAACCAGACCAAAGAGAGACUGGAGGCCGACUUGGCUCUGAGCCAUGAGAAACUCCACACCUCACACCUGGAGGUUCGAAGCAGAGAUCAGUUAAUUCUGCAGUUAAGAGCAGAAAUGAAGACAGCUGAACAAAAGCAUAAAAGGACACAGGAGCAGAUGGCAGCGCUGGAGGGUGAUGUAAGAAACUUGAAACACAAGGUCAGGGGACACCAGGAAGAGGCCUGUCACUUAAGCGAAAAGGUCAGAGAUAUUGAGCACCUUAAAGACCAGAAGGAGAAAGAACAACAGCAGCUUCGCGAUCAGCUCUGUAUUAGUCAGCAACAGGUCGAGACAUUUGAAGGGAAGCUAAAGAAGCAGGAGGUUGAGAUGGAGCUUCUUCAACAGCAGCUUAUAGGAGCCAAGGAGGAACUGAAAGAUGCCAGUUCACAAGCCCAGGAGCAGAAAGAAACUGUAGCAAUUUUUAAACUAAAGUACACAGCAGCACUAGAGAAGGUGCAUAGGGUGCAAGGGCAGGUGGAACUUCUUGAAGAGGAACUACAGUAUUCACAGCAACAGCUAAGAGAGUCCCAAUUAUCAACUCAUUUGGUGAAGGAAGAGCUAGCUGAGAUGGUGCAGCGGUACCGGGAAAAGGUUGGCCAAUGGGAGAACUCGCAGGAGGCUCUUGACCAGUUGACGGAUGAGCUCCAGGCCAAUCAGAAUCUACUGAGGGAGAGCCAGCAAAAAGUGGACUAUCUUCAGGAGCAGGUGGACACACUCACAAAGCAGAAACUGAUGUUGGAGUGUGACAUACGGCUAUUCCAACAGAGUCAUUCUCAUUCUGAUGAGGAGUAUCUCAGCCUGCUCCGACACAGACAGAAGUUACAGAAGCGCUGUACUGAGCAGGUUGAGAGCCUUGUGGAGUGUGAAAAGGCUAUUCUUCAGAUGAAGUCAGGGCUGGAGAGACAAACCCAGGAAAAAGUGAGUCUGAAGCAAAGUCUUGUUGCGUCCCACCAUACACACAUGACCAUUCGCAGCCAGCUGGCACAGGAAGUGAUGCGUCUGAAAAAGGAAGCUACACACUUAGAGCUUGAGCUGGCGGACACCCAGAAGGUACAUAUGGCACUUCUCAGACAGUCAGAGGAGGAGCUGAAGGAGGCCAGACAAGAGGCAGCGAGGAGGGGCAAUGAGGUGGAUGUACAGAGGGGAGAGGUGGAGAGACUUCAGGAGGAGUUACGGAAGGAGGAGGUGCAGAUGAGGAGCGUCAUCAGAGAGAAACAGAGUCUUAGCAGUCACAUCAGGCAGUUGAGCCAAGAGCUGGAGGAGCUACGCAGCAAGCACCAAGUGACAGUGGAGGAGUUGGCAGCCCGUGGUGAAGAGGCGAGGCGGAUGGAGGGGUGCCUGACUGAGGGAAAGCUAGCAGAGGAGAAAAUAAGGUCAAUAGCUGUGAGGCUGGAGACAGAGGUGGCAGAGCUCAGGAGGGAUCUUCAGCAGGCUGUCGAUCACAAACUCAAGUCAGAGCGAGAGAAACAGGAUGCACAGGACCAGGUGGACACCCUCCGCUCGGAGCUGGAGGGGUCACGUUCUGACAAUGCAAACCUUCGCCAUGAGAGCCAGUUGGUCAUGACUAAUGUCAACCGUUGGAUUACUGAACAAAAGUAUGACCACACUUACACUGCCAUGUCUUCCAAUGAGAGUCUCACUGCCCAGAUGAAGGCCCAAAACAAGGUGCUGCUCAUCGUCACUGAGGAGAAAGAACAUCUUCAGGAGGCUAAUGACACAUUGAAGGCGGAGGUAAAGAGACUGAAAGAAGUGGCGGAUGAGAAGGAGAGAGACAUGGAACACUUCAAGGCCCAGGUCCGAGACCAGAGCAUCCGGCGAGAUGAGAGAACCAUUGAAAAACAGGGUUAUGUGGCUCUAAAUCUCACCAAAAUCGAGGACAUGCAGACCAGACUGCGAAGCAACCUGGAGGCCAUCAGAAUGCUAAAUCAACAAUUAAACACCCUCAGCGGGGAGAAUAAGCGGUUGCGUAGGCAGCUGGAGAAGGAGAGGUUCAUGCGUAGACAAGUGGAGCAACUGCUCCCUCCUCCUUCCACCUCCCAGCACUGCUCCUCCGCCCACCUUCCCCACUCCCUCACUGCCCGCCCACCUCAUCCCGCCGCCUCCCUACCCUCUUCCCUCCACCUCCCUCCUCCCCUGAGCCUGGGCACAGUGACAGGGGACAUUGAUGGGAUUCAAACCCAAACUAAGCUGAGUGGACCUGGGCUAGAGAAACCAGGUGAGUCCCAGGCUUUGGGUGACGCAUUCUGGAUUAGGCCGACUGCUUCUGCCUCUCUAGAAGAUGCUUGGUCUGGGAGGACAAGGAGGGAUCUGACAAAAUGAAACCCCCUGAAGACUUUGACCUGUCAGGACUUUUUGACCUCCAGCUCCUCACCAGGGAGCGUACUCGGUAUGAGGUUAAUGUCCUGCAGGUCAAAGUCAAGUCCCAGGGUGCUUUUUGCCUGAGGGGGGGCUCCAGAACCAGUGAAUGAUGGAAUUUCCUCAAAUCGUCAAAAAAUCAACUCAAAAAUAUGUCUGCUACUAUGCUUUGAAGACAUUUAUUCCAAGAAUAUAUUCACAGUUUUUUUUAUAGAUUUAAAAAUCGAACUGUUUGAACUUUUAAAAAAGCCAUUGAUUGCAUCCUUAAAAUGUUGCCAUGCUCUGAGCAGUGGUAGCUUAUAACAUUAGCAAUUACUUCUCCAAAAGAUGAUCUUGUUUUGCAUCAAAACUCUAGCACCAAUACAACAUUAUUUGUCUGUAAUUUCCAACAUUUCAGAUGAACUAUAGUCAGUUUAAUCCAUCCUAAGUAGGCAAAUGGACUAAACAGAGCUAGUGACUAACUGCAAAUUCUUUAGUGUUGAUGAAUGUGUCACACACUGGAGAAGAGUCUUGCUUUGGAUAAAUGAGGGACGGCACAUCAUCAGAAUCCUCAAAUGUUCAUGUGAAUGGCUGUAACACAGUCUCUGAUUACGCUGCAGCUGUGCACCAUGUGUCCUGCAUCUACUGUGGUGAAUAUGGCCGUGUGUCUUUAUGUACGAUUGCGUUAUGUGUCUGAGGGCUCCUGUCUCAUCCGUAAGUGCCUGUGGCUGAGUGUGUGUUUGUUUGUGACUGAGUACAUUAGAUGUUUAUUAUCGUAGAUGUUGUUUUAGAUUUGGUUUAAUACUUGAAGAAAUAUUUAUUGAUUUUUCUCCGCUGCUGUGUCUGAGCCCCCCCUGUGUUGUAAAGACAGAAAAAUAAAAAACACAUACAUUUGUAAGCGGUUGUACAUUUCUCCCCAUUUUUAUUUCAUCGGUCAAUAUGCCAGCAGUAUCUUAUUUCGACCACUUGGAUAUGUGUCAGCAAUGCUACCUGUUAACAGUGCAUAAUAAGGCAUUCUUGCAGUUUUACAUGACUGCUGAGACAAACAAAGAUGUUGACACAGCUACCAACAUUGCUCAGCAGCAAAAGCAUUAAAUAAAUGAUCUAAAAUGUGGUUUUGAAGCAGGGCUGAUGGCACGCUCUCCCCAUAUUGAGCUGGUGUUUUUCCUUGUGCUGCUACAGGUGAGUCAUGGCUGUUUUUCCAUAUUUAUAGUGGUUGAACAAGAGCACAUUCUUGAACUCAUUUGCACGAGCAAAAAACAAGGAAAAGAACAAUGCAAAUAUCUGAACUUGCACAGGAGAAGCACUAUUAUACUGUGAUAAUGAGAAUUCUGGGGAAAGCAGGUCUCCGACCACAAGUGGCUUCCACGUCUUGCCAUUCGAUCUCACUGUCUUCCCCCCACCUGUCCCCCACACUCCCCCAUUUGUCUUUCAACCCCCCUUUUUUAUCCUUCAUUGGUUCUGUACAUACAGUGCAUAGCUGUUGUACAGCCAGUCAGGAUGUCAUACAUUUUAAUGAUUUGGAGCAGAACUCCAUGUCCUUGUUAGCUCAGUUUUCCUCAUUUGCCAUGACACACUCACAAUACCCUCCUUUUAUGUGCAAACACAUAUGCGUGUACCCACUUACACUUCCACACAUCAUUUAUAUUCUUUCAUAAACACACACACACACACACACACUCACACAAACGGCACAGUCAUUAAAAAGAAACCACAGGCUUUUUGAAAACUCCCAGGACUGAGGGAAAAGUCAGCGGCGCAGCGGCGAAAAGAGUCCCCCUGGAAACAAUGAGGAGAAUGAUCAUUUGUUGUUCUUGAAAACCCGGUGAGGUUUCACAGAGGUUAAGCUUCCCUUUGAUGUGUUUUUAACUCGUUUCAGCUCUGUGGAGGGAUUAGUCAGCUUCUCACACACACAAACACAAAUGCACACGUUCGCACACACAACCACAUACAGGCUCUUAAUUUCCACACCAUGAGCUCUUCUCUCACAAAGGCGGAAAGCACAGAAGAGGCUCCUUCCUAACCUAAUUUCAUCAAAUGAGAGUGGGUGGUACUUCACUGCUGUAUGUGUGGUCCCUUGGAAAUAUGUGGUAAACCAGCAAAAUAUUGCAAGUCAGUAUUUUCAUUUUAUCCCAAAUUAGCGUUAGGCUGUUUGUGAACAGUGUGGGCCCUCAACCACCAGACAGAUGGAGAAGAGACAGACAGAAUGGCUGUUGAUCAUCACAGCACUCAUUACAAUGUUUACGAGGCAUUAUUCGAUCAUUGUUUCAAGACACAAAUGAUUGGGGUGCUUGCACCUAUAGUGUGUGUGUGUGUUUGUGUGUGCACGUGUGUUGUGUGUGUUAUCAGCUCCAGUCCAGGCUUCCCUGUAGGUCUCUGCGUGGUUGCCCAUGCUAAUAAUCACACAAAAAGCUUGCGUUCAUAGCCUAUGUCGUAAACAGCUCUGCAACAAACAGUGUUUGCAAAUGAUUCUUAGUGUUUGUUUCAAGCAAGUUGGAGUACCAGAUGGGUGGAGAUAGACUAUACUGUUGCUUUGUAAUGAUAAUAAACCCACCAAGAAAACUUAUUUACUUAUUUUAUUAUUAUUUGUUAUAUCACAUCAAUAAUCACUCACUAUUAGCUGUACACUUUUGGCAGAAAAG